AUGCCGCAGGAAGAAGUUCAUGAUACAUCAUCCGUUUCCGAUGAUAAUCUCACUAAUACUGGUGGUGGUGGCUCAAAUUACUACAACAGCCACAACCAACCAAAUGUUUUCGUUCGUGCAAUUAGAUCUAUUUUCGGUUACCGUAAAACAUCAUUAACAUUAUUUGUUAUAUUGACAAUUAUCUUUACUAUUGCGUUAUCUUUGUACGAUAACAAUUUGGACCUUACGAUUGAGUUGCCAACAAAUAAGUUGGAAAAUGAAAUUUUGAAGUCAUCAUGGUUAGAUUUGCAGAAUAUCGCACGUUAUCCCCACACCUAUGGUUCACGUGCCAAUGACCGUGUCCAUGAUUACCUAGAAUCUAGAAUUCACGAUAUUAUCAAAGAGAACCCAUAUACGGAAUACAACAAUGACGGUGAAAAAGUGUUGUAUGAAUCGGCCAAGAGCAUUGUUUCUUAUUAUGAGAGUAACAAUCUUUUGGUUAGAAUUAAUGGCUCUGACGCAUCCCUCCCUGCCUUGCUUCUCUCUGCACACUAUGACUCGGUUCCAUCAAGCUUUGGUGUCACUGAUGAUGGAAUGGGGAUUGCAAGCUUGUUAGGUGUUUUGCGGUUUUUUGCUCAAAACGAACAACCUAGACGUACAGUUAUUUUUAAUUUUAAUAACGAUGAGGAGUUUGGUUUAUAUGGAGCCCAGGCUUUUGUAUCACAUCCAUGGUUUAAACAAAUUGGCUUCUUUUUGAAUUUGGAAGGCACUGGUGCUGGUGGUAAGGCAAUUUUGUUCAGAGGAACUGAUUACGGGAUUGUCAAGUAUUUCAAUAAAGUUAGGUAUCCUUAUGCAACAUCUAUUUUCCAGCAAGGAUUCAACAACCACUUGAUUCAUAGUGAGACUGAUUAUAAAGUUUAUAAGGAGGCGGGUCUUCGUGGGUUGGAUUUGGCAUUUUAUAAACCAAGAGAUAUUUAUCACACAGCUGAAGACAAUAUCAAAAACAUAAACUUAAAAUCGUUGUGGCAUAUGUUGUCCAACUCAAUUGAUUUUGCCAAUUUUGUUUCAAACCAGAAGAUUAACGAUUCUGGUAAAGAUGAAUUUGCUGUGUACACAAGUUUUUUGGGGUACUUUUUUUCAUCACCUAUUUCCGCCUUAGUGACUAUCAAUCUGGUGUUAAUAGUUUUAUUCCCCAUACUCAGCGGUCCAUUGUUGUUUAUAACUGUUAGAUAUAAGAAAUGGAAAAUAGGUACUUCCAAUUUUUUGAGUCUACCAUUGGCAAUAGUUUUGACAGUGGCGAUUGUCAUGAUUGUCGUGAACCAAGGAUUCCAAAUAGCUAAUCCAUUUUUACCGUCAUCUCAUCCGUUAUUGUUGGUGGCUACUACCACUUCAAUUCUGCUUUUGAUUUACUAUGUUUUCUUAAAUGGUGUCAAUUGGGUAAGUCCCUCUGGCGACCAAAAGCUAAUAACAAUAAUUGAAAUAUCCUUUAUUUAUUGGUUAAUUUUGAUUUAUGUUACCCAUGGCUUGAGUCAAAAUAAAAUUGGAGAUGAUCACACUGGUGAGUUUCCUUUCACGGUAUUAUUUUUUCUUGAAGCCACUGCUUCUUUGUUUGGUUUAAUUGGGUGGACUUUUAGUAGAAGUAUUAAGCAAAGUUCUAAUGAUGGUUCUGAUGAACCCUUGUUGACCGGAACAGCAGAAAGAUAUGGGUCAGAUGACACUGACGAGGAUGAGCAAGAGGAAUUUCGUCAUCACGAUGGCAAUACUGUCAAACACUUGAUGCAACAUUUCGGAUAUGAUUGGUCAUUGCAAUACUUACUUAUUGUGCCAAUAUCAUCACUAAUUAUUUUCAAUUCUGGUUGGUUGGUUCUAGACGGCAUCAACAAAUCAAUCCAAGAAUCCUUUGCUGCUGAGAAUCUUAUUUAUUUGUUGAUACAACUCUUUUCGCAAUUUUGGAUAUUACCAAUUUUGCCAUUUGUUUACAAAUUAAACAGGUUCAUUGUUUUUGGUUUAACCAUCUUUGCCAUACUGGGGGUUGCAUUAAUUUCUUUUCUUGAUCCUUUUAACCAGGAAAAUCCCUUGAAAUUGAGGUUCAUCCAAAAAGUAGACUUGAACAAAAGUCAAGACAGUUUUGUUGAGGUUUAUGGUAGAAAAGGUAUUUUUAGUGACAUUUUGUCCGAUAUGCCAUCGGUCAAGGAGACACAUACCAAAGUUGAAUGUGAAGCUUUGUCUGAUGGUCUUGAAGCUUGUUCAUACAAGAGUGCUCUUGCUCCUAAUGUUAUACCUGGUAAAAGUUUGAAAGAUUACGUUAAUGUUGAAAUAGUGAAUUCGUCAAAAAUUGAAUCAUAUGGAUUACUUUCUGGAGAAAUAAUUAUUACUGCUCCAGAAAAUAGAAUGUGCACAUUAUAUUUCACAAAAAAGAAAGUGAAGGCAGUCGUAAUAUACAACAAAAGCAAAUCUGUGAACAACUUCAAGUCCAUUCCAGAUGGGUUUUCGAGAGACUCCAAGGGUAAUUACAUUUAUAAAGACGUUGCAGGAAUUGAUCAAUUGGUUUUGAAUAAAUUGGAUUGGAAUAAAAAUUAUCAUAUAGGAUUUGAUUGGUUGCCAAAUAUUGAUGACGAAGUGAAUACAUUGUCAGUUGACGUUGAAUGUUAUUGGGCAGAUUUGGCCCCAGGUAUUGGAGGUGGUGAUAAUGCAACUAACGCAGAAUUGGCUAUACCUGCCUACAAUGAAUUGGUUCAUUACAGCCCUAAUUGGGUUACAUGGGCCAAUAGAGAGAAAGGAUUGGUUCUGGUUUCUUUGAAAAUUGAAGUCUAA